AGUGGUUGUUGAACCAGUGUUCAAAACAGCAGCAGUCCUAUGCCUGUCUGGCACAAGGAGUAGGUAGUGUGAACUGGCCAGAAAAUUGUGGCAAACCAGCAGUGAAACCUAAUACAGCCACCACGAGAGUUGUAAAUGGUGAAGAGGCGAUCCCUCACUCCUGGCCCUGGCAAGUCUCUAUGCAGGCUUCACCAAUGUUACCCAUACCGUACAUGCACGGCUGUGGAGGCUCUUGGAUUCAUGAAGAAUGGAUCCUCACUGCUGCUCACUGCUUCAUGUUCCCACUGAAUAUACCCUCCUUCUGGCGCAUGUGCCUGGGGAAGCACCACAUGAACUCCUCCAUGGACAUUCCCUCAACAGAGGAAUGCUACAAGGUGGAUGCCAUUAUCCGCCACAAAGGAUUUGUCUAUGAGCAGGAUCGCACUGACAUCACCAACGACAUAGCCCUUGUGCAUCUGGCCAAACCUGUCAGUAUGACAAGAGAGAUCAGCCCCAUCUGCCUCCCGAAGCCCGGUAUUGUGAUACCUGCUGGGAUACCGUGCUUUGUCACUGGCUGGGGAGAUGAGAAAGGUAACCUGUUCCCCAAAGUGGCUGAGAAGCUUAAUCAGGCAGCUCUGCCUAUUAUUGACUUCCAAACCUGCAGUAAGCCUGUUUACUGGUGGGACACCCUCAGGCCCUCCAUGAUCUGUGCUGGCUACGAGUCCCCAGAUGAGCUCAAGUCAGCCUGCCAGGGUGACUCCGGGGGUCCUUUGGUCUGUGCCACUGCUGCUGGAGCAAACACAGCCUGGGAGGUACACGGCAUUGUCAGCUUUGGACCUCAGGGCUGCAUCAGAGACAAGAAGCCAUCAGUGUUCACCCGCGUCUCCGCCUUCAGUGACUGGAUAGACAGCAACAUCAAGAAGUAUAUUUAUGAAAGUGGAAAAUCUAUCUAGAGAUAGAGAUUAUGGUAUGUUUGGUUCACCACAUUUUUUCUUUUUCCUUUAAAACCCCCCUGAAUGUAACAA